CCCACCAGGAGCCGAAGCGAUGGCCUCGAAGCCUGAGAAGAGGGUGGCCUCAUCUGUCUUCAUCACCCUGGCGCCGCCGCGCCGUGAUGUGGCUGUGCUGGAGGAAGUGAAGCGAGCAGCUUGUGAGGCCCGGCGCGGCCGCCCCUGGGAGGCUCCUGUCCCCAUGAAGUCACCCGGGGCUGGCUCGGCGGGGAGGCCCAGCCCCUGGACACCCCCUGGCAGGGCUGCAGCCACGGUGCCAGCUGUACCACCCCAGCUCUCCAAUGGAGGAUGCUCCCCGCCUCCUCCUCCCCUGGAUGGUGAGGACGCAGACCUGGACCUCCUCCCGCCGCCCCCUCCAGCGUACCUGCCACCUGAUGAGGAGCCCCCUGCCCCCGUGGGGGCGUCGCUCAUUUCAGACUUAGAGCAGCUGCACCUGCCCCCGCCCCCGCCCCCACCACAGGUCCCAGUGGAACAACCUCCAGUCCAGCCUCGGCUGGGUCCCCUUGGGCCCACGGAGGAGGAGCUGCCACCUCCCCCGGCAGAGCCUGUUGGCUUCCCCGAGAGAGAGGCAUCCACAGACAUCUGUGCUUUCUGCCACAAGACGGUGUCCCCCCGAGAGCUGGCCGUGGAGGCCAUGAAGAGGCAGUACCACGCCCAGUGCUUCACGUGCCGCACCUGCCGCCGCCAGCUGGCCGGGCAGAGCUUCUACCAGAAGGACGGGCGGCCCCUCUGCGAAAGCUGCUACCAGGACACCCUCGAGAAGUGUGGCAAGUGUGGCGAGGUGGUCCGGGAGCACGUCAUCAGGGCCCUGGGCCGGGCUUUCCACCCUCCCUGCUUCACGUGUGUGGCCUGCGCCCGGUGCAUCGGGGACGAGAGCUUUGCCCUGGACGGCCAGAACGAGGUGUACUGCCUGGACGACUUCUACAGGAAGUUCGCCCCCGUGUGCAGCAUCUGUGAGAAUCCCAUCAUUCCCCGGGACGGGAAAGAUGCCUUCAAAAUUGAGUGCAUGGGAAGAAACUUCCAUGAGAAUUGCUACAGGUGUGAGGACUGCAGGAUCCUGCUGUCUGUGGAGCCCACGGACCAAGGCUGCUACCCGCUGAACGACCGUCUCUUCUGCAAGCCGUGCCACGUGAAGCGGAGUGCCGCGGGGUGCUGCUGAGCGCACCCGCCGGGCACCAGGGCAGUGAGCAGCCUGCUAGCCCCGGCCGGGGCCCUUCUCUGACUUGGUUUCCCUUCCUGACCUGCUCUUGCACACUUUCCUUCUGAGCCUCAGUGGGGACCAGCCUGCAGCCCUGCCCUGCAUGUCUGGGACACGGGGCUGAGCCUCCUUCUGCUCAGAGGGGGGCAGUGGUGGACAGUGCCCCCUAGACCUUCAACUCCUCCUCUACCCACUGGCACCCCAAGGCUCCUAGACCAUGAGGGUCACGCCCGGAGUUCCCUGCUGGCCCUGACCCAUUUCCAGGGGCGAGUUGGGACAAGUCUUCGGGUGGUGCCUGGGUCCCCCGCACUGACUCGUUAGUUGUCUAGCAGGGUGCUGAGACCAGCCCUGGCUUGCAGGGCUGAGCCGUUGGAGGAAGAAUUCCAAGGUCCCUUAAAAAGUGCUUUUUGAAAAUGUUGAGGUUUAAAUGAUGGGAAACAACAUUCUUUAGAUUUGGGAGAGAAAAAUCUUCAUAGCAAACGUCUCCCCUUGGUUCACACAUGUAUAAGAAUGUGACCUAGUGGUGGAGGAGAGGGUGGUCCCCAGACACCUGAGGACAUUAGCAGUCCCUUCACCUUGCCUUCUGGCACCUCCUCCUGUGCGCUACGGUGAGUCAGCAGACACAGAUCGAGCGCCUGUUGUAUGCUGGGGAACAGGGUGCAGAGGCUGAGUGUUCUUACACACACACACACACACACACACGCACACACACACUCACUCUUCUCCAGGAUGGUGCCAGGGCAGGUGUCCCUCCAGCACUCCGCUUGUGCCCCCCAAGUCCCACUUGGGCCCCCCAGCCUGCGCUGCCCUGUAACCGCUGCCUGCACGAGGCCACACCUAGAAGAUGCUUCUCCCCGCCAAAGGAGAACAGCUUCUGUUGCUUCGUCACUUUGAGGCGAUGUGUAGGGCACAGACAGGUCAAACAAAAUGUGCUUUCCCCCCUGGGGUCUGCUUGAUGUACCACACGCCACAGGUUCCGAGCACUGGGUCAGUUUCUGUGUAGGACCCUUCGGGGCUUCGGCCCGGAGCACAGCUUCUUGCCCUAAGCUUAGAGCAGCAAGUCCCAAGCUGGCGAUCAUGGAUCACCGCCACGAUUUUUAUCAUAACCAAGGACUUUCUGUUCUGUUAUUUCAUUGACAUCAAUGUACUGUUUUUUUCUCCCUCACUUCCAACUUCAGCCCUGUGCUGAGCUCUGUAUCCACGCAGCCACACGCUGAUGUACUAGUU